GGAAAUUCCAUCAGUAGUGAAACAUGUGGAGUCCAGUUGCCAUUGUCCUCCUCUGCCUGGCCGCCAGCAGCCAGGCACGUCUGCUGCCCCAAGAUGCAGAGCUGCUCUGGUCAGCCGAUAUGAUCGAGUUGCCACAGGAGCCAGAGCUUUUUGAAUCCCGCGCUUCUGGCUGCUCCAUUAAGAUACGCAGCACUGAGAUGAAGAACCCACAGCCCUUGCUGAUUAAGCCCGGCACUUCGGAGUUUUAUCCCUUCUCUGCCAGCGGCUAUGUGGAUGUGGAGCACGACAAGACUAUUGAAUUCCAUUGCACCUCGGCACUCGCCUCGCCGCUGUCGGGCAAAUAUGUCACAGCCAAGUGCGUUGGUGGAACCCGCUUCAAGGUGGGCGACAAGGAGCACGAGAUUGAGGAUUUCAAGUGCACCUCGUGGCCAGCAUUCGUGGGCAAGAAGUCCGGCUCUAGCUGCAACGGUGGCACCACCUUGAUCAAUGUGGGCUUCGAGCUGAGCGGCUCGCGUUUCGCCAAACAAUACGAUGUGUGCUUCAAUGAGAACGAGGAGGUCACUCGCUAUGUCUACCACACACUGGAUUCGGGAAGCAAUUACUAUGCCACUGGCGUGGAUCGCAUCAACUUUGCUCCUGGUGGCUACUUUGCCGGUAAGAAUGUGGACAAGCUGUACACACAGGUCACCCAAAAGGAGACCAUCGACAAGGCCUUGGGCAUUGACUCGUCCCGCUACUUUGACUCGGCCAAGAAUGUGUUCCUCGCUCGUGGUCACAUGGGUGCCAAGGCUGACUUUGUGUAUCCACCCGAGCAGCGUGCCACUUUCCUCUUCAUCAAUGCCGCUCCUCAAUGGCAGACUUUUAAUGCCGGCAAUUGGGCGCGUGUCGAGGAUGGCGUCAGGGAUUGGGUGUCGAAGAACAAGAAGUAUGUGGAGUGCUGGACCGGUGUCUGGGGUGUCACCACCUUGCCCAACAAGGAUGGCCAUCAGACGGGUCUCUAUUUGGCCUACGAUCACAAUGGCAAUGGCUUGAUCCCGGUGCCCAAGUUGUACUUCCGUGUGGUUAUCGAACCCAACACUAGGAAGGGCAUUGUCUUUGUCGGUGUCAACAAUCCCCAUUUGAGUCUCGACGAGAUCAAGCGUGACUACAUUCUGUGCGACGAUGUCAGCGACAGAAUCAACUGGAUCAGCUGGAAGAAGACCGAUAUCACCGCCGGCUACUCUUAUGCCUGCGAGGUCAACGAGUUCCGCAAGAAGGUCAGCCACCUGCCCAACUUCUCCGUCAGCGGUCUGUUGGUUUAAGCUCCUUCGAAUUCUGUUUAAGUUUAUGUUAAUAAAUGAAUUGUUAAAAGCAAA